GCUGCAUCCUGCGUUAAUGCCGCCUACCCACGCGGUCAAGUUGAAAUAUUCCCUCCAACUGCCUUCAGCCUCAGUUUUUGCAUCUACCUAAAGCCACAUCUGCCAUCGACACCCCCCCCGUGCAGAAUUGGCCACAGUAGAUGAGGGGGUUUGUGCAAGAGCAGUCUGUAUUGACUGCUUCCGGUGGCCGCAUUCCGUCACGACCAGCUCCGCCAGCUGCUUUUGCUCAACAACCUCUGUGUGGUGAUCAGGAAGGCUGGGGUCCUGUCAGCUCUCUGAGAUGGGAUUUUACUCCGUGUUUUCUUGAUGUCUGGAUCUUGGGUGUUGCUGCUUGGGGUGUGCUGUUCGGCGCAGGUGCAAUCUGGUACCUGUUCAAAAAACGCAUUGCUCAAGAUGUCCCAAAGAAUUGGCAUUUUUACGCAAAACUAUCUGUCCUCGGCACCGUUAUCCUAACCGUUGCCCUCCAAGCCGCCCUUCAGAUCCGACAACUGCCCGGAAUAUGGUUUCAAGACAUAAGAUUCUACACCUCGAUUGCUACGAUUGCGUCACUCGCUGUUAUAUUCACUGUACAGUAUUACGAACACUGGAGGUCGCGGAACCCUAAUGGCGUUGUCCUGUUCUACUGGGUCUUCUUCAUAUUGGCAUAUGCUGUCAAACUGCGCUCUCUGGUCGCAAGGGAUGCCCACAAAGCACGACUACCUUAUUUCAUUACCUUUAAUGUCACUCUUGGUCUGGCAAUAGUGGAGUUUGUGUUGGAAUACUUUGUGCCCAAGAAACAAAGUGCCUACGAUGCGUUGGGAGCCGAGGACGAGUGCCCGUACGAGUACGCGGACGUCUUCUCCAUCAUUACCUUUGAUUGGAUGACCCCAUUGAUGAAGUUCGGCUACAAGAACUUCCUGACUCAAGAUGACCUGUGGAAUUUGCGCCCUCGGGAUAGUACGAAAGUCACGGGGGAUCUUCUGCAGAAGGCGUGGGAAAUCGAACUCGAAAAGAAGAAGCCGAACUUGUGGAUAGCUCUGGGUAGGGCGUUCGGAGGGCCCUAUAUACGCGGCGCGUUUAUCAAGACCAUCAGCGACACGCUUGCGUUCGUCCAACCUCAAUUGCUCCGACUUCUCAUUCGCUUCGUGGAUUCUUAUCGUCCAGGACGAGAACCCCAGCCCGCCAUCCGCGGUGUAGCCAUUGCAUUGGCCAUGUUCGCAACAUCCGUCUGCCAGACAGCUGCUCUGCAUCAAUACUUUCAACGUGCCUUCGAGACCGGCAUGAGAGUCAAGGCGUCCCUGACUGCCAUGAUCUACGGAAAAUCCCUUCGGUUGUCAAAUGAAUCCCGCGCGACAAAGUCCACAGGCGAUAUCGUCACCUACAUGAGCGUCGAUCAACAACGUCUGGCUGAUCUAGCACAGUGGGGCCAACAAUUAUGGUCGGCGCCAUUCCAAAUCACCCUUUGCAUGCUGUCUCUCUAUCAAUUGGUGGGGGUAUCUUGCUUUGCUGGUGUAGCCGCAAUGGUGAUCAUGAUUCCCGUCAAUGGUUUUAUUGCAAGAUUCAUGAAAAAGCUCCAGCUUUCCCAGAUGAAGUACAAAGAUCGGCGCUCCCGCUUAAUGACUGAAAUUCUCAACAACAUGAAGAGCAUCAAGCUGUACGCCUGGGGUUCCGCUUUCAUGGAAAAACUGAGCCAUGUGCGCAACGAUCUUGAACUGAACAACCUACGCAAGAUUGGGGCAGCACAGGCUUUCUCGACCUUCACCUGGUCAUCCACGCCAUUUUUCGUUUCUUGUUCGACCUUCGCGGUUUUUGUGUUGGUCAACGAUAAACCGCUCACUACGGACCUCGUCUUCCCUGCGUUGACCCUGUUCAACUUGUUGACAUUUCCUCUCACCGUCCUUCCAAUGGUUAUCACAAGUAUUAUCGAAGCAACCGUGGCCGUGAAGAGACUAACCGAUUUCUUCACGGCGGAUGAGCUUCAAGAGGACGCGGUCAGAUUCAUCGACGAACCACCGAAGGAGUCGGGAGAGCCCUCGGUUACGGUUCACGACGCCAGUUUCACUUGGAAUAAAAACGAGGACAGAACCGUCCUGCGCAAUAUCAACUUCAAUGCCAAUAAGGGAGAACUUACUUGUGUGGUUGGACGCGUUGGUGCUGGCAAAUCUUCACUGCUGCAAGCGCUCCUCGGAGAUCUCUGGAAAAUCAGUGGCGACGCUGUUGUUCGAGGUCGCAUCGCUUAUGCAGCCCAGUCGGCUUGGAUUAUGAAUGCGAGUGUCAAAGAGAACAUCAUCUUUGGCCAUAGGUGGGACCCUCAUUUCUACAAUCAAACCGUUAAUGCCUGUGCUCUCGUCGACGACUUCCGACAAUUGCCCGAUGGCGAUUCAACCGAGGUUGGCGAGCGAGGAAUAUCGUUGUCCGGUGGCCAAAAGGCUCGAUUGGCCUUAGCACGAGCGGUCUAUGCUAGAGCGGACGUCUAUCUACUUGACGAUGUUCUGUCAGCGGUAGACCAACACGUCGGGCGACAUCUGAUCAACAACGUACUCGGUACCAAUGGUCUCUUGAGCGGGAAAACCCGAAUUUUGGCUACGAAUUCCAUUCCCGUUCUCAAAGAGGCUGAUUAUAUGUAUCUCAUCCGUGACGGUUCCAUGGUGGAGAAAGGCACCUACCAGCAAUUGAUCGCCAUGAGAGGAGAGGUGGCCAACUUGAUCAAGACCACCACGAGUGAAGAAGACCCGGAAUCAGAAGGCGAGAGAAGCCCGAGCAUCGAGGGAAUGGAAUCCGAUGAAUCUACCACAGUUGUUGGCAAUGGAAUGCAAGAUGAAUUCGACGCCGAGGAGGCCGAGGAAGCCCGUCAAGAGGUCGGUGGUCUCGCGCCGAUUCGUCCCGGCCCAAUGGGACCAUCGACAGCGCGGAAAUCGAGCUUCAACACACUGCGACGUGCAUCGACGGCCAGUUUCCAUGGCCCCAUGGGUCGCAUGACGGAUGAAGAGGGCGGUCUAAAAUCCAAACAAACCAAAGAAACAUCAGAACAAGGCAAGGUCAAGUGGUCAGUCUAUACUAGCUACGCCAAGGAGAGCAAUCUCGUUGCCGUCUGCUUUUACUUCCUCGCUCUUCUUGCUGCUCAAACCGCCCAGGUGGGAGGUAGCUUUUGGCUGAAGCGUUGGUCCGAAAUCAACGAGAGGUAUGGUGCUAAUCCAGCGGUGGGGAAAUACAUUGGCAUCUACUUUGCGUUCGGCAUCGGUGGUUCAGCUCUCGUUGUUAUUCAGACUCUGCUUCUCUGGAUUUUCUGUUCGAUAGAGGCUUCCAGAAAAUUACAUGAUCGAAUGGCAUACGCCAUAUUCCGUUCGCCCAUGAGUUUCUUCGACACAACUCCUGUUGGCCGUGUUCUCAACCGUUUCUCCAGUGACAUUUACCGGGUCGAUGAAGUCAUUGCGCGAACUUUCAACAUGCUCUUCGUCAAUACCAGCAGGGCGCUUUUCACACUCGGUGUCAUCGCUGCCUCGACCCCGAUAUUCUUAGUUCUUGUGGUGCCACUGGGCGCUGUAUACAUCAUCUACCAGAGGUACUACCUCCGGACUUCUCGAGAACUGAAACGACUCGACAGCGUCAGCCGCAGCCCGAUCUACGCACAUUUUCAGGAAUCGCUUGGUGGAGUGUCGACAAUUCGUGCGUAUCGCCAACAAAAGCGGUUCACAAUCGAGAACGAGUGGCGCAUGGAUGCAAACUUACGGGCAUAUUUCCCCUCAAUUAGCGCCAAUAGGUGGCUCGCAGUUCGUUUGGAGUUCCUCGGCUCCGUCAUUAUCCUUGCUGCUGCCAUUUUUGCCAUCAUUUCCGUCACGACUGGAGGUGGGCUCUCCGCUGGCAUGGUGGGCCUCGCGAUGUCAUAUGCACUGCAAAUUACACAGUCCCUGAACUGGAUCGUCCGUCAGACGGUGGAAGUUGAAACCAACAUCGUGUCUGUGGAGCGCGUGCUCGAGUAUGCGAAUCUGCCUAGCGAAGCGCCAGAUGUCAUGUUCAAGAGCCGACCCAGUAUCGGGUGGCCAGCUCACGGUCAAAUCACCUUCAAGGAUUAUUCAACCAGAUAUCGGGAAGGCCUGGAUCCUGUGUUAAGGGAUAUCAAUCUGAGCAUCAAAGCACGAGAAAAGAUUGGCGUCGUAGGACGCACUGGAGCAGGGAAGAGUUCCUUGACUUUAGCGCUAUUUCGGAUAAUCGAGCCUAUAUCUGGCCACAUCAGGUACGUGGAAGCCCUCCGAUGUUUAUGGAGGCCGACUCUAGGCUAAUCCAUAUCCUGUAGUAUCGAUGGCCUUAAUACCUCUACUAUUGGCUUGUUGGAUCUGCGCAGACGCCUCGCCAUCAUACCACAAGAUGCCGCACUUUUUGAAGGAACCGUUCGCGACAAUCUGGACCCCCGGCACGUCCACGACGACACCGAAUUGUGGAGCGUGCUUGAACAUGCUCGCUUGAAGGACUACGUUUCGGGUCUGCCUGGACAAUUGGAUGCAGCAGUCCACGAAGCUGGGUCCAACCUAAGCCAAGGACAACGUCAACUUGUCUCUCUGGCGCGUGCUUUACUGACUCCCAGCAACAUCCUGGUCCUCGACGAAGCAACAGCUGCAGUAGAUGUAGAGACUGACAAGAUGCUGCAAGCCACUCUUCGCAGCAACAUAUUCGAGAAUCGCACCAUCAUCACGAUUGCGCAUCGCAUCAACACGAUCUUAGACUCGGAUCGAAUUGUAGUGUUGCAACAGGGGCGAGUGGCCGAGUUUGACACACCAGAGGAGCUGAUCAGGCAAAGGGGCUUGUUCUACGAACUAGUUCGCGAAGCUGGGUUGCUUGACGGGUUCGGCAACGGCACAGCUGAUCCCAACCAGCACUAGUCGCUCUGGCUUCCGGUCGAGACAGGGGUUUCAUGAUCCGUGCCAUUGCACCGGUACGAUUUGCGAAACCAUGGCAGGACGGGACGGGGUGCACAGGACGGUAGUCUUCCAAGGUUCGGAUCGAUCGAAUGAAAUCGAUCUUGUGGAUAACUCGGAGAUCUACUCAACGCCUUUCACUCUGAUCAAGCUAUCGAGCAGUCUUCAAAGGCCUGCAGCUCUGAAAGCAGUGUUUCUGAGCAUGACCCGAAAGCCGGAAGGAGCACAGCCUGCAACGCGCUCUAACAAUACGGGGACCCCGAGGCUGAUGGCAAUUCAAGUGGAUAUAGUGGAUGCAACAGCACGAUGUUUGCAGGAACUAGCCAGCACCUGUGUGCAACAAUCCAUCGACCGGCCUUGCCCUGGUCAUGCGGAACAAAUUUGGAGCGUGAUGCUUUUGCCUGUCGAUCCAACUUAGAUGCCCUCUCAAAGGAAAUAUUGCAUCAUGCACCGUACACUGCACAAGACCUUUGGACACUGGCAUCCAGCGGCACGACACGUCCAAGUCCAACCAGGACUCCUCAAUACUCUAGGUACGGAUCAUCCGACAUUUUGGUACAGAUACUUUCCGGAAGCUUUCGCUUUGCUCAGUGUUCGCUGUACCUGUUACUAGUCGCAUGUGCACAUGAUCCAAAAGACGGUCGCACGGUGGAACCAUCCGUGGAUUUUCAAAUACCAGGGAGGGGUGACAUGCGCUGAUACGAAUCAGCAAGCGCAUCAGGAGCACAGCUUAUCACCACCAGUCGACAUUAUUGCCCCAGAGUUGCGGAAAGCUGGGGCACAGACGCCCCUCGUGCUUUUUAGGAGUUGCAUUCAAGGCUUGCCUAUUCGGAAUUAGAUUCCUACCCCCCAAACAUCUUUCGCGACUGAUUCGUAUGCCAUGUUCUUUGAUGUGAGAAUAAAGCUGUUCUGCAAAGGGAAGGGUUACUUCUCGGACGUUGCAGAUGGCUUGUCGUUACAGGAUCGCGCAAGGAGUGCACAGAGCUUGCUGUUCUGUGCGACACACUUUUUCGCCACGAUAGCAUGGGACCUUACCUGCGGUGUCUUGCCGCUCCCGCCGGGUCUCGGAGCCCGUCCUUACUCGAUUGAAUCACCAUUGGCGUGUCUACGGCAGGCUCGCUCCAUGCUGAGGUGUUGUCACAUUCAGGCUGGAAAUCUAUGACGACCUACGAAUAUGCUGUCAGAUAGCAGGGGUGCAGUCCGCUUGCUGCGAACGGCGACUGAUGACGGGAUCGCAAUGCUCAACAUCCGUCCGUGUGAUAGCACCCCAGGCAUGAUUCUGGCCCCUCGAUGCUCAUCGAUUUUGUGGGGAAGGUCGCAUUCGUGCAUUAGCCCACCGGUCUAAGCUUAGUGAAAAUCCCGUUGGUUUCGACCCACCAUAGCUGAAACUCAUUUGAUUCUGCGCGCAAAGGCUGUACGCCAUGAGAGAGGAGCAAACAGAAAGUUCGUGAUGACUACGGAGUACCGAGUACUGAGAAGCCAUGGGAGAUUUCAGUGGCUGGCGGAAGGGACCCUGAUUUACCCACCCGGGGCUUACAAGUGACUCUCACGGCCGGUUUCAGCCCCCCUCGAGCAUAGCGCGCGGUCGAAAGUACCGG